GAGUUUGGAAGGGCCAGGGUGCAACUUCCUGGGCCAGUAGAGCGAGGUAAAUUCCUAAAUGCAAAGUUCAGUGCCUUUAUGGGCCUUGGGUCCAGGAUCAGGGAGGAGAAUAGGAGCACUCCUAAGUGUCCUGAAGGAUAUGGAUUUAGGGUGAGAGUGUGGAGGGUUUUGCUGUAUGCCAGGGAAGAGCAGGUCACAGGAAGCGUGUGGUAUUUCUUGGAGAGUCGGGAUUUAGUGUUCGUCACAAGCUCAGAGACCCCAGGUUAGUCCUGUUAAGGCAUAAGAAAUUACGGAAUUCCAGUAUUGGAGGCUUGCCCUGUGUAAGGUUACAUUUAUUUUCGCUGGUAGGGCUUAACUGAUGUGAUUUGGCUUUAAUAAUAAAAUAUUUGUGUGUGGUUUGAGCUUUCACUGACUUUGUUUCUUCUCUCUUCCCUCCUCCCUGUGACUGCCCUGGGAAAUGACCUCUCCAGGGAUGCGCGGUGGUUGAGUUCAAGAUGGAAGAGAGCAUGAAGAAGGCUGCUGAGGUUCUGAACAAGCACAGUCUGGGUGGGAGACCCCUGAAAGUGAAAGAAGACCCCGACGGGGAGCACGCCAGGAGGGCCAUGCAGAAGGUGAUGGCAGCAGGAGGGAUGGGCAUUGGGCCUGGCCCUGGUGGCCCUGGAAUGAUCAACAUCCCUCCCAGCAUCCUGAACAACCCCAACAUCCCCAACGAGAUCAUCCACGCCCUGCAGGCCGGCCGGCUCGGCAGCACCGUCUUCGUGGCCAACCUGGACUACAAGGUGGGCUGGAAGAAGCUGAAGGAGGUGUUCAGCAUGGCUGGGGUGGUGGUCAGGGCUGACAUCCUGGAGGACAAGGACGGCAAGAGCCGCGGCAUCGGCACCGUCACCUUCGAGCAGGCCAUCGAGGCUGUGCAGGCCAUCUCAAUGUUCAAUGGGCAGCUGCUCUUUGACAGACCCAUGCACGUCAAAAUGGAUGAGCGAGCCUUUCCCAAAGGAGAUUUCUUCCCUCCAGAGCGACCCCAACAACUCCCUCAUGGUCUUGGUGGUAUUGGCAUGGGAUUAGGACCUGGAGGUCAACCUAUUGAUGCAAAUCAUUUAAACAAAGGCAUGGGAAUGGGCAACAUGGGACCUGGAGGAAUGGGAAUGGAAGGCAUGGGCUUUGGAAUGAAUAAAAUGGGAGGAAUGGAAGGUCCCUUUGGUGCCAUGGAGAACAUCGGCCGCUUCCCAGCUGGGAUGAACAUGGGCAGGAUGAGUGAGAUGGAUCGGGCCAUGGGAGGGGGAUUUGAGAGGGAGUUUGGAAGAAAUGAGAUGGGAAUGUCCCGGACUUUUGGAGAGACCUUGGAGAGGGGAAUAGGUGGAGGGAACGCCAGCAUCCCCGGCAUCGAGAGGAUGGCCCCGGGCAUGGAGCGCAUGGGCUCGGGCAUGGAGCGCAUCCCGGCCGGCAUGGGGCACGGCAUGGAGCGGGUGGGCUCGGACAUAGACAGGAUGGGGCUGGUGCUGGACCGCAUGGGCUCCAACGUGGAGAGGAUGGGCUCGGGCAUGGAGCGCAUGGCCCCGCUGGGCAUCGACCACCUGGCCCCCAACCUGGAGCGCAUGGGGCCGGGCAUGGAGCGCAUGGGGCCGGGCAUGGAGCGCAUGGGCUCCGGCAUGGAGCGCAUGGGCUCGGGCAUCGGCUUCGGCAUCGAGCGCAUGGGCGCCGCCAUGGAGCGCGUGGGCGGCGCCAUGGACAGGAUGGGCUCGGGCGUGGAGCGCAUGGGGGCGGGCAUGGAUAGGAUGGGCAUCGGCCUGGAGCGCAUGGUGCCCGCCGGCAUGGGCGCGGGCAUGGGCCAGGUGAUAGAGAGGAUGCCCGCGGGGCUGGAGCGCAUCCCGGGCCCGCCCAUGGACAGGAUCGGGAUAGAGAGGAUGGGAGCGGCGCCCAUGGACAGGAUGGGCCUGGAGCGCAUCGGGGCCGCCAACAUGGAGAGGAUGGGGCCGCCCAUGGGGCAGGGCAUGGGGGCUGGCAUCGAGCGCAUGGGGCUGGCCAUGGGCGGCAACUUCGAGCGGCCCAUGGAUAUGGAGCGGGGCAACUUUGCAGGGAAUUUUGCAGGGUCCCUGGGAGGAGCAGGAGGCCCUGCAGCCGGCGUGGCCCGGAAGGCCUGUCAGAUAUUCGUGAGAAAUUUGCCUUUUGAUUUUACAUGGAAAAUGCUGAAAGAUAAAUUCAAUGAAUGUGGUCACGUGCUCUACGCCGACAUCAAGAUGGAGAACGGCAAGUCCAAGGGCUGCGGCGUGGUGCGGUUCGAGUCCCCGGAGGUGGCGGAGCGCGCGUGCCGCAUGAUGAACGGGCUGCAGCUGCGCGGCCGCGAGAUCGACGUGCGGAUCGACCGCAACGCCUGAGCCGUGCCCUGCUCUCCUUCCCCUCUCCUCCUCCUCCUCCUCCUCCUGCUGACUGGAUGUAAAGCUGUUCAGCCCAGCCCGGUUGCUUUCUGGAGUAAUUUUAAGUCCUUUUUUUAACUGAGGGAGCCCCCAUUUUACUGGUUUUUUGCAUUGGAACUGCCAUGUGCACAAUCUUUUUUUGUAGUUGUGGCAUCUCGUUGACCUGACAGAUGUAAACAGUCUGACUUUGAUAAUAAACGCAAGUUCAAGAUUUCA